AUGGAUCGCCGUUUCCGUGGGCCACCAUUUUCUCCGUUUGGGUUCCACAGUCGCUUCUUCGACGACUUCGACUUUGAUCGCUCAUUUUACCGCCCGUACUGGAUGGACCAAACGAUGCUGACAGGUCAUCGAAUCGGAGAGGGCAUUGAUGUAAUCGAUAACGAAAAGGAAUAUGCGGUUUCGGUUGAUGUUUCGCAGUUCGAACCUGAGGAGCUAAAGGUUAAUAUUAUUGACAACACACUGAUCAUCGAAGGAAAACACGAUGAAAAAAGGGAUAAGUUCGGGCAGGUUGAACGACACUUCUUGCGAAAGUACGAACUUCCAAGUUCAGUGAAGUGCGAUGAGGUGAAAAGCGAACUAAGCAAGGAUGGCAUUUUGACGGUGAGAUAUGAACGCCAACCACUGCAUCAGCCGAAAGUCAUCCCUAUUUCAAUUCAACCCAGGCACUGA